AUCUACACGCCCGUGGAAACUUGUCACAAUUUUUAUCACAGAACCAAGUGUCAAUGUAAUUUUCACCAGGAGUAAGAGCGAUUGAAUCCUGGAAUGCAGCAAAUCCCAAUACGAGCUGCAGAUUGUCCUUAAAUUUGUGGUUUUCCUAACAAUUACCUUCGGAAGUGUGCAGCGAAUUGGUGUGACUUAAACGAGUACGAUUAUCCGACAGUGGAAUAGAAAGGGAUAUUGAGAUGGAAACCAGCAGGAUAAUCAUUCUCGAGGUGUACAGGAUUUGUAAAUAGAGCGAAACCUAAUGAAGAAAUUAUUGGCCUCAGCAACGGGUGUGAACCGAAUACGGACUCGGGGCAUACAUUUCGGGGUUACGUGGUUCUUGUUGGCAGCUCGUUGAUACAAGAAUUGGAAGCGCUUCCAGAGAAUCGCGUAAUUGUUUGAGUAGCGUUACGGAUUCGCUCAUGCGAAGAGAACGCUACCCAUCACUACCAUCACCUACCGGCAUGGCAUGCGCGUGGGGCGGGAUGUGAGUCGCGGGGGAUUGCCAGCGGAGAAAUAAUUGAAUGUAUUGAAGACACCACUCGUCGUAUAGUAUUUAAACUAGGCCAACCGCAGGUAGUUUACUGAACUGGCGGCGGCAAACCGGAAAAACAAUGGAGCAGGAAAUCGGGAGCUGGGACUCGGUGCUGCUGGAGAACCUGUCCGAAGAUAGUUUCAUCAACAAUUUGCAUCAGCGCUAUAAAAGGGAUUUGAUAUACACGUAUAUUGGAACGUUUCUGGUGGCAUUGAAUCCGUUCAAACCUCUGACUAUAUACACGCCGGAUCUAGUGCGAAAGUAUGCCAACAAAAGUCUCUUCCAGCUCCCCCCGCAUAUAUUCGCCCUGGCCAACUCAGCUCAUCAGUUCCUGCUUAACUACAACGAGGACCAAUGCAUCGUGAUGUCGGGCGAAAGUGGAGCCGGCAAGACGGAGUCAGCGCGGAUGAUAGUCCAUUUCCUGACGCAGAUAUCGGAAAUGAGGCGUAUCCGGCCACCCAUUUUCUCCCUGAAAGGCUCCAAUCCAAACUCCCGUCAGUCGACACCGAAACACUGCUCGUUCAGCCGAGUAGGCUCAUCGUUCGAGAGUAGCACAGGCGCCGGUACGGGACGUUUGGACAGUAUUAUAAAGUAUAAUACUACGCGGAAAUGCUCCCACGAAAAAACGGUCGAGUUCGAUCUGAUAUCGCAUCACAAAAGUUCAGAAAACCUCGCGAUGCUAAUGGGUGGCACUGGGAGUGGUACAUUCUCCACUGGGAGCACCCCGAAAUGUUUGAAACACUCGAACCAAUCGAUCAGUCGUUCCACGGAAGCGAACGAGUUCCCGACCAAAUCUACCCUCAAAUCAUCGUUCACGACCUGUCCGAAGCACAACUGCACCUCCACCAGCACUAGCACCUGCAGCAGCCACAUGGAUCUGCAUCGUAUGUGCGGCGGAAACUCGAUAAACUCGCCCUCGCUUCAGAAACGCUGCAAUCUGAGCCGCUGCUGUCACCAGAGCAGCAAUCGCUCGAUCCACAAAUCUUCCUCGUCGAUUGCGCUGACGUAUGAGCACAGUGGGGGCGGAAGCAGCAUGUCACCAUCCCUGCAUCGGAGGCGGAUACUGAAAUCGAUCACCAAGGAGGUGUACCUGAGGGACUUGGAGCUGGCGAAAAUGCGCGAGAGGGUAGCGCAAGCGGAGGUUUUCCUGGAAUCAAUGGGGAAUGCACUCACCGGGAAGAAUGCCAACUCGAGUCGAUUCGGAAAGUUUUACGACAUCGAGUUCGACUACAAAGGAGAUCCCACUGGCGGGCAUUUGACGAUAUAUAUGCUGGAAAAGGCUCGCGUCACAACGAGGAGUCCAGGGGAGCGAAACUUUCACAUAUUUUACCAACUACUAUCGGGUGCCGAUAUUCAACUGCUCAAAUCACUCAAACUGCAACGUAAUGUGGACAGGUAUGAACUGCUCAAAUAUGGCCUAACCAAUGAAGAGGAUCGCCCGAAUUUUGUUUUCACGAGACACUCCCUAGAAGCUCUCGGCUUUGGUCAAGAUGAAAUCUUUUCAAUUUUCACGAUUCUUGCGGUGGUGCUUAAACUUGGAAAUCUUAUCUUCAUACCCACGACCAACAUCGACGGGAGCGAAGGUUGUGAAAUUUCGAACGAGUACGAACUCGAGGAAAUAGCCCAACUACUCCAGCUGGACGGUCGCCUGCUGUUCCAUUGUCUGACGCGAAUCGGCGAAAGCUGGGAUCAGAUUGUGUCGGACGGGUCGGAAAUAGAUGCUGCGUACGCAUCGAGAAUCAGAUUCGCUCUCUGCAGAACGCUGUACGGGCGGUUGUUUACACUCAUGGUGGCCAGAACCAACGAGCAGUUGAAGCUGAAACAGCACGGUAUGGGAAUGGGCGGAAUAGUGCGGGGGCGAACCGUCGGACUGCUGGACUUCUUUGGGUUCGAAGUUCUGGAGAAGAACUCACUGGAACAGCUUGCGAUCAACUACUGCAACGAGCGGUUGCAACAGCAUUUCGUAAGAAACGUUUUGAAGUAUCAGCAGGAUUUAUACGUGGCUGAAGGUUUGGAGUGGAUCAAGAUUGAUUUCUUCGAUAACCAGGGUAUUUGUGAGCUGAUAGACAAACCCUGUUACGGUAUCCUGCAGCUGAUCGAUGAGCCGCAGAUAAUCAACGACGGGAUAUUGCUCACUCGAUUGCAUCAGUGCUGCUCGGGCCACACAAAUUUUCUAGCUCGUGAUCCUAGUUUGCCUUCGAAUAGCUUCCAAAUUCGUCACUUUGAGGGACCAGUGCUAUACGCAACCAAUGGCUUCGUCGAGAAGAAUAUCGAUUUCCUGCCAAAACACGUCAGCGCCUGUUUGUAUCAAAACUGCGAGUUGCCGAUCGUGGCGAAUCUCUUCCCCGAGGGCAAUCCGAAGCGCCAAAGCAUCGCUCGAAAGCCAACCAGUUUGAGUACAAAUCUUCGCAACACGCUGCAGACCCUCCUGAAACAGCUGGAGCAGCGCUACAAUCACUACAUUUUUUGCAUCAAACCAAAUGAACUGAGGCAGUCAAAAAUGUUCGAACUUGGUUUGGUGCAGCACCAGGUGCGAUACAUGUGCCUAAUGCCGUUGAUAAAUCUGUGGCGCAACGGUCACUACUUCAACAUGAUCCACUCGCGCUUCGUGCAACGCUACAAACUGCUCUGUCAGUACACGUGGCCUCACUUCAGCGGAUCCAUGAUUGACGGAGUGGCGCUGAUAAUCCGUAGUGUUCCACUGCCAGCGGCAGAAUUCACCAUUGGUCGAAAGAAGGUAUUCAUUCGGAGUCCCCGGACGGUGUACGAGCUUGACGAGUUCCGAAAGGUACGGCUCAAUGAAUUGGCUAUGCUGAUCCAGAAGACGUAUCGGUGCUACACCAAACGGAAACAUUUCCUUGCCUUACGAACAAGCCAAAUCGUGAUAGCGCACACUUGGAGAAGCUGGAGGGAACGCGAGAAAAUACGAAUAAGCGAGUUCAAGAAACAAGCACACUGGGCGGUACAGGUCAUUGGACGAUUUUUCGUACUCAUAAAGACGCGUGAAUUUUUGUUCACCCUUCUGUUGCGACUGCCCCAUGACAACAUGAGUCCCAUCUGUCACGAGUGGCCUACGGCACCAUCCUUUCUCGCCGAAACAUCCCAACUGCUGCGCAAUAUCUUCCAUCGGUGGCGAUGCUACAAGUACCGGAAAUCAUUCGACCAGCCGGCCAGAAAUCGAAUGCGCGAAAAGGUGACGGCCAGUAUUAUUUUCAAGGAUCGGAAAGUCUCCUAUCCGCGAACUGUGGCUCAUCCCUUCCACGGAGACUACAUCCGUUUGCGACAGAACGUUCAAUGGAAGCGAGUCAGCUGUGAACACAAUGAUCAAUACGUGGUUUUCGCGGACAUUAUCAACAAAAUAGCCCGCUCCAGCGGGAAGUUCAUCCCCAUCCUGCUAGUGGUUUCCACCAACUCGAUGCUUCUGCUAGACCAAAAAACAAUGCAAAUCAAGUAUCGGAUACCGGCCUCCGAGAUCUACCGGAUGUCACUGAGUCCAUUUUUCGACGACAUAGCUGUCAUUCACAUACGUGCUGAUAAUUACAGCUCAAACAUGUCGGAUCGCUCCGAGUCGCCAACGGGGUGCUUAUUUCAGUCGGAAAUCGGCAAGAAGAAAGGCGACUUUGUGUUACAAACUGCCCACUCGAUUGAGAUCGUGACGAAGCUGUUCUUGGUCAUUCAGAAUGCUACCGCCAAGUCGCCGGAGAUUGUCAUCAGUACCGAAUUCGAGGCCAAUUUCGGUCAGCAGACAGUUGUGUUCACGUUCAAGUGUGGCAGCCUGGUGGACAAUCCGUACAGCCAGGCGCGCGUCCAACGCAAGGGCAACCGGAUGGAGGUGAUCGUGUAACAGAGGGCGUCACCGGAGGGUGGAAGUGGUGGUGUCACCGACAAGGGCAUCGCAUUGUUCAGCUGCCAUUCCGAACAGCAGCAGCAGCAAUUGCAGCUUUUUGAGCUGGACAGCGAGGACGGGAUUGAGUUCGGUGUUCGGGGGUUGGAGUUCGACUAGGCAACGGGGUCAUUUGUGUAUUAUUUUGGAGCAAAAAUAAGAGGUUUAGAUAUUGAAGCAAUAUUUGAAUGUUUAUCGAGCAAGUUUGUGCGUACCGCAGUAAACACGGUGUUGAGUAAAUAUAUAUUGUAGGCUAUACAAUUGGAUGUUUAAAUUAGUGAGUUUCAGACGAAGUAUAGUUCAAAUACGGUUAGCGGGUAAGACGCGCAUCAUUUUAGAGGGUGACGAGAAAUCAAUUACGGUAACCUAUUAGCAAUUGGAAAUAGCAACACAUCUUGACAUUUUAAGAUUACCUUUUUAGCGAGAUAUUUUGUUGAUACGAUGAUGAAUCAUUGAACACAAUCAGAGGGGUUGUUCUAAACUAGAGGAAGAAUCAUUUCAUGAGCUCCAAACACUAAGCUUGGGCUCCUGUCUAUGGUGAUUUUCGAUUGCAAGGAUUUUUGUAACAUCCCCAACAAAGAGAUAGAGGUCGAAUAGAGCUCUGUAUCGGCUGUAAAAUAAUAUCGUUUAAGUCGAAGUCAAAUUUUAACCUAGAACUUAUUUUUGAUAUUGAUUUUAUUGACUACUUUCAUAAACCACGAAAUGAUGUUCAAAAGUUGAGAAAGAAAACAAAAAACACGUUUUAAUACAAGUGCUCACAUUUUUCAACUUGUUGAUCAACUACUUUUGGCAUUCUAAUAUAUUAAAACGAUAUGAACUAAAUCAAAAAAAGUAAUAUAGGCGACCUUCUCUAGUAGUAUAUUUAACGGAAACAAGUCGAAACCGUAGUUAAUUGACCUUAGCAAACUUUGAAGUAAUAUAACAUAAAAAAAAAAAACAGUAGAUUUAGGUAGCUCAAUUUGUCUCAACAAGUCGCAUUUAAAACAACACAGAAAACAGAUACUGGAGUGAAAAUAGUACCAUAGGGGACGAAAUGUUUCAUCAAAUUAUGAACUCAAAUGCGGGGAAAAAAAUAAAACAACAAAGUAUGAUAAUGAUAGGCCAAAUGAUAUGACAAUUAGAGCUGAAAAUUUAGUACACAAUAUAUUAACUAUUGCAGUUGUGAGGAAAAUUGAUAAAAGUUGAUAACCUAAAGACGCUUACUACAGUGACAGAUACUAUUAGAAACAGUGGACAUAACAAAGCUUAAAUUUACUGCGAAAUCGUACUUAAGUAGCAAUUGAAAAUAAAAGUUACAAAUACUGCAAAACCAUUAAUCGCGCGAGCGGUCAUUAGAAGAAACAAAAAACAUAACGUCGAUAGAGUGAAGGUUGACUAAAGCUGUUUUUUUUGUUUUGAUUUGGCAAACAUUGUGAGAAUGAAUCAAAUAGAAUACCUCAGUCGGUGUGUAACCAUUUUCGAUGUUGUGUCGAACUGAUUCAUUUCGAGUAAAAAGAAAAAAAAACAAUUGUGCAGACCAGAUACCGCGCGUGUUGAGCGGAUUGUUGAUUAUUAGCAGACUAACUAUCAUUAUUCACAAAGUGCGGAUUCUUACGGUCUUCUAAUGACUCGAAAAAAAAUUUUGUGCCAAAUUCGGAAUACCAACUUCGUGUAAGUUAAGUUCUAUCGCGCGAGUUCGUGCAAGAGUUUUAUCUGUAAGUUGCAAUCGUUUCGUACCUUAUAAACUUUUUCUAUGAAAUGUUUUUUUUUUUCGUCAGUCAUACAAAACGAAAAGUAGGAAACAAAAAUCUAGUGGUAUAUAUGUCGUAUAUUAUAAAAAAAAUGUAGCCGAUUUAGUGACUCGGCAGUACUCGAAAAAUAAGCUGUUGAGAAGUAACGAAAACACAAUAUUACAGUUAACAGAAGGAACAGUUUUUGAUAGUGGUAAAUUGUGCCAAGAAGCAACAAUUCUUGAAAUCUCGUUUGUGUAACAUGAGCCUUGUUUGCAGUUUUUUUCCGUGCUGUCAUGAACUUACUUGUUUCCCUGCAACUCUGUCUCUACGGUUUCAAACGAUUCUGUUCCAACUCAUACACUCAUUAACGUACGGAACGUAUAUUAAUUAGAUUACUGAUUUAUUCAUUUCAUUUGCUGCCUUAUUGAAACUUUAACGUAUUGUAUCUCAUCAAUUGAAUCAUAAAAUUGGCAUCGAAGUUAUAAAAUUAGUUUACUUUCCGGUCGAAUAGUAAUAAGCCUUAAAUCGAUGCCGUUUUUUUGAUAUUUACCUUCCGAUAAUCACAUGGAGAGUAAGACAUAAUUUGACGAAAUUAUUACCACGGAAGCUAUCUAUCCGGUAACAGCGCAUUGUAUUUGAAACUAAUAGCAAUGGGCGAACAAAUGUUAUAGUUAAAAACAAAAAAAAGGAAACCCAAAUACAAAGGUCAUCUAUCGAAUCAAUUCAUCGUAGAGAGAAAAAAAAACAAACAUCGAUCUGUCUCUUCGCCAGAAAGCAAAAUGUCAUUAGCGAUAAAACUUCUUAAUUAUAAAUACAUAUCGCAUCCAUUGAACAAAAAAAAAACCAACAGGUAAUAAAGAUCUUAUUAGGCAACGG